AUAGAAUUGCUCGAUCGGUAAACCAGACUGCAAAUGUAUCAACGUGAAAGAAGCUGGUAUUGAAGUUAUAUUUUAAAUUCUUAUUAAUAUCAAUCAAAAUGUCGAAGGCAGGGAAAAUGAAAACGCUUAAAAAAGUAAUGGAAAAAGUAGAUCAUUCUUCUAAAUUACGUACGAAUAUACCUGCAGGAAUGGCGAAGCCAAGUCCACCACUAGGUCCUAUGCUUGGACAGAGAAAUAUCAAUAUUCCUAAUUUUUGUAAAGAUUUUAAUGAAAGAACGCAGGAUAUCAAAGAAGGAGUUCCAUUACCGUGUAGAGUCAAAGUAAAUUCUGAUAGAAGUUAUAAUUUAGUCAUACAUAAACCACCAGUCACUUACUUUUUGAAACAAGCAGCUGGAAUACAAAUAGGAAAAAUGGAGAAAGGCGACAUAGCGGGCAAGAUAACUCUAAAACAUUUAUACGAAAUUGCAAAAAUAAAAUCUGAAGAUCCUCCAUUAGCGUUAAUGUCUUUAGAACAAAUUUGUGGAAUGGUAAUAGGAAUAGCCAGAACUUGUGGCAUAGAGAUAGUACGAGAAUUAGAUCCAAAAGAAUAUGAAGAAUUUUUGCAAGAGAGAGAACUAAAGAUCAUAGAACGUAGAAAAGAACGUCAAUUGGCUAAAGAAUCUAAAUUGCUUAGAACAGCAUAAAAAAUAUUUUUCUGCAGAAGUAUAAAUAUAAACGUUUAUAUAUAAUGAAACAUUUUAUGUUUGCAUUAUAUUUCUAUUACUUUGUAACAGUUUCAUCGUGUACACGAAGCAUUACCUGUAUAUUACAGUUUUUUUAUGUAACAAAACAGUUAUAACGAGUAGUAGAAAAUGUGACUGAGUAAUAAUGAACGAUAAUUUCGUUUCAGUAGAAAAAAAAGAAAUAAAAUAAAACAAAUAAAAUAUAUGUGAUAAUCGUUAAAUCGCAAA